GGGUUUCCGGACUCUUAGAUAUUUUAAGGCGCGAGCCACUAGGGUCGCCUGACUCCUAUCGCGUGGUGUCCCAGUUCGUGCUUUCUGUCCAUCUGCUCCCCUGUCGCCAUCAGCCAUGGGUCCCUGGACCCACUCCUUGCGCGCCCCCCUGCUGCUGGUGCUUUUGGGAGUCUGCACCGUGCGCUCCGACACUCCUGCCAACUGCACCUACCCUGACUUGCUGGGCACCUGGGUUUUCCAGGUGGGCCCUAGAGGUUUCCGAAGCGACAUUAACUGCUCGGUGAUGGAACCAACAGAAGAAAAGGUAGUGAUACACCUUAAGAAGUUGGACACUGCCUAUGAUGAACUGGGCAAUUCUGGUCAUUUCACCCUCAUUUACAACCAAGGCUUCGAGAUUGUGUUGAAUGACUACAAAUGGUUUGCGUUUUUCAAGGAUGUGACUGAUUUUAUCAGUCAGUUGUUCAUGCAGCUGGGAACUGUGGGAAUGUAUGAUUUGCCACAUCUGAGGAACAAACUGGCUAUUAAAUAGAUCAUCUGUUGAGAGGCUCUUUUAAAACCACAGCCAAGAACAGACUUUGGCUUAAGAGGCAAACAGUUGGAUCUACCUCUAGCAGCUAGCAGAGGCCAUGGCAGCUACAGUCCCUUCUGGAAGCUGCUUGCAUGUAAAAUGCAGAGGAGUCCUGGUGACCUACCUCCAAGGCAACUGCCCGCCUGAAGGAUUCCUUGGAAAACAGUAAUCACCACUGUGGAAUGUGAACAACCAGAAACUGUACAGAAUAAAGGAAAAACAUUGUGGAAGAGAUGAAGUCUCAGAGGGCUUCAGCAUUUAGUGGGAACAAUUUAUAACGCAUCAAGUGUUUUGUUUUGUUUUUCCUUUUUCUAUUUGAAUAUCGUGAUGUUAAAAUAGUUUCUCCAAACUGGACAGGAUUUGGGUUUUUUAUUUUAUGACCUAUUUUGUGUGUGUUUGUUUUGUCACACUAAAAAUUUUGCUCACAGUUAAUUUGUCUCUUCCUGGGUACCUUCACUUUUUAAAAUUACUUUGAGAUAUUCCAAAACCUAGAAGGCUUUGAGAUGUCAUGAGAUGGAGAGAUUUUUAGCUACUGGAGGGAAGAUGGUCCUGUUGAAGCCACAAAGAAGGAGAAAAGAUGCUUUCUUAGCCAUAUACUAAAAGAAUGUAUCUUGUAGACAGUGACUCUGCAGUGCCCCCAGCCAGAAAGAUGGUGUGAUUAAUGCUUUUUGUUUUCUAUUCUUUUUUUCUUCUCUUUUCUGUUCUCUUUAACUCUUCUGUUACUUCAGUUUGGCUUUUAAAUUUAGGUGCUAGCUUUUUGCUAAGGACUUGACAUAGUAUAAAUGUGAAAGUUGAUGGAACUAGCCUCAUUUUACAGUUAGCAAUGGUUAGUCUCCCAUAAUGCUGAAAGCUCAUACAGUUUUUGACUAUAAAAUGAUCAUCCUAAUCUUUCAAACCUAAGAACAUCAUUGGGGAUAAAAAGUAAAAGUCUUAUCAAAAAAGUAAAUGGAUUUUAGAACCACAUUUGGGUAGUUUUUUUUUUUUUUGUACAUUCCAGUACAGAAGUAUUGUAAAUAUUAUUAGUUCAGUGGGGUGGUAGAGUGUAUAUUGCAUUGGCUGUUACUGAAGUCGUAGGAGAGCGCCUUUCCAGUUUAUGUUUCCUUACCACUGAGUCCACUUACUUUCCUGCUUUUAGCCAGAGUUCUUGCACUCAGCAGAUAACAUUAACUUGGCUUUCCCCUUAGCAGUCCCACACACUGGGAAUCAAACUUCAGUAUUAAUCCCAAUGAAAUCCCUUGUAUAAUUGACUUUCUUUAAUUGCACUAUUGUUCAGCCUGAUUGCUAUCUUCUAGCUUUUUCCUGCUAAGCAGCAGAGUCAUUUCCUUCUCACUUGGUUUCCAGCUGACUUGGAAGACAUAAAAGGCAUGUGUACCUAGUCCAUGUCAGCCACUAUGCUUUUCUCCUGGGUCUGAGUUAUGAUCACUGUUUUAUGUCAUGUCAGAUUUACUUAUUUGGUGAUCUUCUGUUUAUUCUUUUCUCUCCUGCUUCUGAUCCUGAUAGUCUUCAACAUCUAGGAUGCAUUUGGCACUUCAUUAGUGAGAAAGUGUCCAUUAAGAAUUCCCCUUGUCUUCUGUAGGUAGAUCUGGUUUGUACUUGUAAAGGAAUGGUCCAGUGUCUUUAUCUUCUGGGAUGGACACCUGCUUUUCUCUCUUUAUCUUUAAUAACCAAUGCAAAUAGUACUUCAUAGGUCUGGGAAAGUAAAGUGAACUUCUCUUUCUGACGACUUUAUAUGAGUAAUACUAGCCUUCAAAGUGUCAGCUACUUUUCUCAUCUUGUGUAUAAAACACCAUGACUAAGGACACUUAUCAAAGAAAGUAUUCGAUUUGGCUUAUAGUUUCAGAGGGUUAAAGUCCAUGAUAGAGGAGUGAAAGAAUGACUUAGAGCUCAUAUCUACAUCCAUAAGCACUGGGCAGAGACAGCUAACUGGAAAUUGUGUAGUCCUCUGAAACUCAAAGCCCACCUCUAAAGAAGCACCUCUUCUAAUACCUCCCCCAACAAAAACACACUUCCUAAUCCACCCCAGACAAUUCCACCAUGUGGAGACAAAGUAUUUAAUUAUAUGAACUUACGAGAGAGGGGGAGCCUUCUCAUUCAAAUCAAUACACAAGGCAUCACUUUUCUUAGGCUCUAGAAACACUGGCCAAGGAUGGCUAUAUAUCUUUUUUGUUCUCUGUUCUAAGAAAUAUUAUUGAGUUUCUUGCCUGAACAGCCCUUAAAGAGUUACAUAUUUUAAAGCUGAUUUUCAAGGUCUAAAAUGAAGUUGGAUACACUCUCUCUCUCUCACACACACACACACACACACACACACACACACACACACACACAGAGAGAGAGAGAGAGAGAGAGAGAGAGGAGAGAGAGAAAGGAGAGAGGUACUUGCUAUGGGAAAUAUUUUAAUCUAAAUUUUGUUUCUCUGUAAUUUGGUGUAUAAAUGUUUAUGAGGGUAAUUAGUGGGUACAAAAUAGUAGGUAUGUGCCAGAAGGACUUCCAAUACACUAGUGCUUAGCGUCGUUUGUCAUAAUUGCCUGUUUGUAUUCCAUUCUGCUUUGUAAGAAGAGGGAUUAUUGACUCUGUAUUAAAAAUACUGUAUUACCUGCAUUUCGUGUAACAUAUGUCAAAAAGCAUGCAAAAAAUGGGUUUAAUAAAUAAUUUUGUAAGAAAGAAGCUUGAA